AUGCACGCCGCGCUCACGUUCUCCAACGCCGUCGCGUCCACCGCGUUCACCGCUCGAGCGAGCGCGUCCAAGCCGGUCGCCCGUGGAUCGCUGGUGAUCCGUUCGGCGCAGAACAAGGAGGCUCGAGUGCGUUUGUCCCGCAAGGAGCGAUUGUACAACAAGUCUCGAAAGUCUGAGAUCACGACGCGCAUGAAGAAGGUUUUCGUGGAGGCGACGCGCCUGAACGCGAGCUCGGCGGUGAGCGACGCGGACAUCGGUGGGCUGGAGAAGUUGAUCUCGGAAGCGACGAAGGCUGUGGAUAAGGCGGUCCAAAAGGGGGUCUUGCACAAGAACACCGGUGCUCGACGCAAGGCGCGCAUGAGCAAGUACAAGCACGAGCUUCGCCAAGCCAAGGGCCUCAUGACGGCGUAG